GAGGUAAUAAUUUAUGUUGAACUGCAUACUUUUACACAUUUCUUUAAAGAAAAAUUUGAUUGAUUUUUGAUCCUAAACAUGAAGGUAUGGAGGUUGUGGAUUAGGGUAGAAGGCUAAUGUGAAUGUGUGGGCUAUAACAAGGUGGCAGGAGAGCACUUGUGUAGCCGGGUUAGUAAUAUUAGAUCUGUGUCCUUGAGCAGGAGCCUCUAGUCAGGAGGGUUUGGGUGUGAUCUUUGGUCUGGGAGUGUAGUUUACUACUAGAUGGGUAUCCUCUUUCUUAUGUCUUAUAGCAAUUAUUAGUAUUUCACUUAUUUUCAUAUUUCUCAGUUAUUUAUUUUGUAUUUUAUGUUUAUUAUUUCUUAUUUCAUUUAUGCUAUCUAUCUAGUUUCAUAUUUCAUUACGGUUUUAGUGUACUAUUCUCUAUCUUGAGCCGGGGGUCUAUUAGAAACAACCUCUCUACUUUUGCGGAGGUAGUGGUAUGAACUGCAUACAUCUUAUCCUCCCCAAACCUCACUUUGUGGAAUACACUGGGACGGGUGAUAUUUUAGUAGGUAAAUUUAAACCGCAGGUCGUGAAAAAAUUGUCGUAUGCCCCGAAAGAUAGAUUGUUACGAGCUAUACUUGGUAUUCAGAUACCUACUUCAAAAGAAACUUGUCACAAAUUACCUAUAAGGGGCUGGUUAUUGAUGUGAGGUGGAUCCAGAAAAGGGGGUGGUUCUAGUUAGAAUCCCAAAAGGACUGUUGUUGUUGUUGAAAUUCCAAGUAUGCCACAUAGAUUGACGCUCCUAAAGAAAUUUCAGUGAAAAAAGUUUAAUUGGACCUCGAAAUUAUAAGUGUCAGUAAAUUGAGAAAUAAAAAAUAGUAAAAGAGCUAUGAGUGUCACAAACAAGUCACUGCCCUUUUUAGUAAUUCACUUGUUCAACUAUUUGUUUUAGAGGAAUGUAGUGGUGGGGCUAGUUGAAGAGGCUGUCAUUCCCCACAGAAAAAGGCAAUGUGAAGAAAAAGCUCUUUUUGUACACACUGCCAUGAUGUUGAUGAUGAUGAAUAAUGAAUGAUGCCUUCAAUCUCUCUCACCUAACAAUAACAAACAAGGAAUUUAAUUUAUUUCCCUUUUUCAUCUCAUAUAUGUUGAACCUUUUUCUCUUGUACUCUUAAUUAGUGGCACCAAGUUUGUUUUUUGUCUUCAUGGAGAAGGAAAGGCAAAAGGAGAAGAAGAAGGAGAAGAAUUGUGGGUGUUGGGCUGUUCUUAGGCUCAGUAAUGUUAUUGGAGGAUCUUCUGAUUCUAAACACUCUGCUAAUUCUAUUCCAAGAACUAGUCUUGUCUAUGAUGCAGCCACGGAGACUCGGUAUCUAAACGCUAGCAACCGGGAGAUGUGUGUACCAGAUGAAGCAAGAAUAUCUUCUGAUACCCCUGAUACUACUGAUCCACCAACACAGCCUCCACCAGUAGCAGAAAACAAAGUGCAAAGGCAGCUGCUUCAGUUUACAUUUCACGAGCUAAAAGCUGCAACAGGGAACUUCAGACCAGAUAGCAUUCUUGGUGAAGGUGGAUUUGGAUAUGUAUUCAAAGGCUGGAUAGAGGAGAAUGGAACUGCACCAGCAAAGCCCGGUUCUGGGAUUACGGUUGCUGUUAAGAGCUUGAAACCAGAUGGUCUUCAAGGCCAUAGAGAAUGGGUGGCAGAAGUAGAUUUCCUUGGACAGCUUCAUCAUCCAAAUCUUGUCAAGUUAAUUGGAUAUUGCAUUGAAGAUGACCAAAGGCUUCUCGUUUAUGAGUUCAUGACCCGUGGAAGCCUUGAAAACCAUCUCUUCAGAAGGACGAUACCUCUCCCAUGGUCCAACAGGAUAAAAAUUGCACUUGGUGCAGCCAAAGGCUUAGCCUUUCUCCAUGGAGGCCCCGAACCUGUCAUCUACAGAGAUUUCAAGACAUCGAAUAUCUUACUUGAUUCGGAGUACAAUGCUAAGCUUUCGGACUUUGGCCUUGCUAAAGCUGGUCCUCAAGGUGAUAAAACACAUGUUUCUACACGGGUUGUAGGAACUUAUGGAUAUGCUGCUCCAGAAUAUGUGAUGACAGGACAUUUGACAGCAAAGAGCGACGUUUUCAGUUUUGGGGUUGUGCUCUUGGAGAUUUUAACCGGUAGGAGGUCUAUGGACAAAAAGCGCCCGAGUGGAGAACAAAAUCUUGUAGCAUGGGCAAGGCCAUAUUUAUCUGACAAGAGAAAGUUUUAUCAACUCGUGGACCCUCGACUGGAGCUAAAUUACUCCCUUAAAGGGGUGCAAAAGAUCUCACAGCUUGCUUACAUUUGCCUGAGCAGGGAUCCUAAAUCUCGUCCUUCCAUGGAUGAAGUUGUGAAGGCUCUUAAUCCUCUGCAAGACCUCAACGAUCUUGCUAUAUUAUCAAAUCACUCUCGCUUAACACAAUCAGGAAGGAGAAAGAAGAAACUAGACGGAAUGCAACAACUUAGCUGUAAUCAUUCCAGGAGUAUCAGAGGGUCUCCAUUACACUCUGGUAGGCAACAUUGUAAAUAAUUCAUUUUCCAUUUUCUCCGAACUAAAUAGUAGGAAAUGAAGCCUCCAAACUGGAUGAAUAUUGAACGAACAACAGGCUUUGUUAUAUAACGUGUGUCUGAAAUUUGAUGAGGCUAUGAAUAGAAUUUGAGUACUAGUUCAUUUUCCUCUGAUUGAAAAA